UUAACAAGUCCGACGCUUUUUUUCGUGAUCUGGAUCCGGGGUUUACUGAGUGUGCAGGAGUAACACGUGUUUCCGUUUGACUGAAAACAACACAGCGAACGCUAAGAUUUCAACGCUUUAACGCUUAUAUACAACCUUCACUAUGGAAAACGACCUGAUAUCGUCAGAUGAAGAAGAUGCAUUGGACCUCCUUUUGCAGGAUACAUUUGAUGACGAUCCAAGCGACUCUGCAUUCACUAUAAAUGACAUGGUAUUGGAAUCCCAGUCCUCAGUGGGAAGUUCCCAGUUAUCUUCCGCUAGCGAGGAUCCAUUGGCAAAUCCAGACAUGCAUUGGAAGGAUGCUAAUGUAGAGGACACAGGGGCACCGGAUCCAAGAACUGUGGCUUUUCACCCGAUAUGGGGCCAGAUUGUUCAGAGAACCAGUAGAUUUUUUGAAGCUGUUUUUUCCAUCUGUGUUGCCACCAACCAUUAUGCUGAGAUGGCCAUAUCUAGAGGGGAAAGAUUGUCGUAUGCUUCCCAAGGAAGUUGGCAGCCUCUCACUGAAGAGGAACUGUAUAGAUUUUUGGGCAUUAUCUUAUAUAUGUCUGUCGUAAAGUUCCAGUCGAUAGAUAGGUAUUGGUCAACGCAUGCCCUAUAUCGGAACAACCCAGUACCAGGAAUUAUGUCUAGAAAUAGAUUCCAGGCUAUUUUGUCCUUCUUACAAGUAACUCCACCAGCUGAUAUCAACAAAGCUGAGAAGUUAACACGCAUACAGUCAUUGGUUGAUCAUGUUUGUGAGAAAUCGAAGGAAUUAUACCAGCCUUACAGGGAAAUAGCGGUAGAUGAGAGAAUGGUCGCCUCUAAGCAUAAGUUCUCGGGCAUUCGUCAGUUCAUUAAAGACAAACCUGUUCGCUUUGGAAUAAAGCUUUGGGUUGUAGCAUGUAAUAUGUCUGGCUAUACAUACAACUUUUUUGUCUAUCUUGGUAAAAAUAAUACUAUUUUUACAGAUAAAACAAAGGGUAUUGGAUUUAAUGUCACUAUUACAUUGUGUAAACCUCUUUUUGAUUAAGGAUAUAGGUUGUUUACUGAUUGUUUUUAUACAUCUAUAGCUCUUGGCAAAGAAUUACUUGCUAGGAAAAUUUAUCUUAUUGGUGUACUGAAAUCUAAUAGCUUGUCUAUACCUGAUGAACUUAGAAAUGUGAAAAUGUGGGAAAGAGUAGCCACUAGAGGUGAUUUUAGAUGGCACAGAGUUGAUGAAUUUGUAUUUGUGCAAUGGAAAGAUUGUAAGGUAGUUACUUUUAUGUCGCCAUUACACCAUGGCUCAGCUACAACUGUUUGUGAACGCACUAUGAAAUCUAGAUUAACUUGGAACAAAAAAGGACUUGUACAACCUGUAGUUGCUAAUGAUUACAAUCAAUGUAUGGGAGCUGUAGAUCUUUCAAACCAGUUUACAAGUAAAUAUCCGUCUUAUAUUAGAACACAGUAUCAUUGGUGGAAAGUUCUGUUUUUUCAUUUGCUUGAUAUCAUGGUUGUUAAUUCUUAUAUUAUUUUUGAAGAAUUUAGAAAAUUACAUGCCAAUCAGUUUACAAAUUGUUCUUCUGUAUAUGGACAACUUGAAUUCCGCGAAUCACUUGCCAUGUCACUGAUGGGUUUAAAUGAAAAGUGUGUAUCAAAAGAAAGUCCUAUUGCAUGUAUACCUGAAUUUUUAGAUAAAAGGAAAGACUGUACAUUUUGUAAUGCUGAGGCAAUUUUUAUGAAUGAGAAGGUUCCAAGUUAUAAGACAUCUGUAUUUUGUGUAUCAUGUCAAGUUCCUCUUUGUUUAUCAAAUGACAGAAAUUGUUUUAAAAAAUGGCACAGUAAAGAAGGGGAACAUGUUAGAAAUUGUGCAAAUUUGUCAUGUAAAAAGAGAAAAUUAUGAAUAUACUGUGUUCUCAAUGCAUAUUUUUUUCUGAUGUCAGAGCUAUCACAAGUGAAUGUAAUGCAAUACACAUAAAAUGUGUGUAGUUCUUAAAAUCUGGAAUAUUUUACUGCAUGUACAUUUUUGUUUCAAUAUGUUAAAUGGCUUGUGUAAUUAACCACCAGAGGUUUUAAAAGGUUGCAUAUGAUAAGCACAUUCUUGUUAAACAUGAUGCAAGUGCAGUUAGAUAUAGUGAUUCAAAGCAAGUACAUGUACAUGUACUUGAACAUUCCUACGUGGAGAGGAAAAACGGGUAGUACUUUAUGAUAACAUUUGUUACGGUGUUGUUGCUUAGCAACCAAAUAUAUUUGAUGUAAAAAAAAUCAAAUUAUUUUGAAUGAACAGUUAAAGAUCUUUAUUUUUCAUGUUGCAGUAUUCUAUCUAGUGGAAGAUAUUCACAGAAUAUCAUAUUGUUAAAAAACGAUGUCAAUGUACAUUACGUACAACUUUUGAAUUUAUGACCUUUGACCUUAAUUAUCUCCCAUGUGUUCAUAAUGUUUGUUAAAAAAAAAUUAAAAUCAUUAAGAUCUGUCUACAUAUUAUAUUUUCAAAAUAAUGUGGCAUUUACUAAUAACCAUGAUAUGCAAUUAUGUUUAAAUUGUAUUAAAUGGCUGCAGAAAGGCAAAUUUUGGUCAAAAUUGCACUGCGAAUGUUGUUACUUAGCAACCAAAAAUAUUUAUAUGUCAAUAAAAUUAAUUAAUUUGAUUGUAAUGUUGUUGUAGUAUUUUAAAAGGCACAUCAGCUCAUACAUUUAGAAUUUCCUAUUUUUGGUUCUAAUCUAGUGAGAG